AUGAAACUACACCUGAAAAAACUGUUAGUUCUAGCUCUUACGGCAGUUACAUGCCGUUUGUUUUAUUUGAUUAGAAACAGACCAUGGAUUCGAAUGAACCUGUGCAAAAUGACUCAUAUGUAUCGGAUUAUAAAUUUUAUGCGUAUUGAUACUGAUCUCACAGUUUUGAAAGAGUAUCAGUCUGUAGAUGUCGAAUAUCCCUUCUCAAACGAUUUCAGCAGCUACUCCACAAUCUUAUAUGGUGAAGGGCAGAAAACAGGCCAGGUUAGCGGAGUUCCCGUUAUCUUUGUUCCCGGUAAUGCUGGUUCAUACCGGCAAGUUCGUUCUCUUGGAUCAGUACUUCAAAAUAAAACUGAGAGUAGAGGUUUACCCUUCAGAUUUGAUGUAUUUGCUGUUGAUUUUAAUGAGGAAUUAUCUGGCCUGUCGGGUUUAUAUUUGGAGCGACAAAUCAAGUAUCUGAAAUUAGCAGCAACACAUAUUUGGAGCAUGUAUUCACCUCCUCGUUAUGGAAUUAUAUUUGUUGGGCAUUCAAUGGGUGGUAUUGUUGUACGGUCUCUUUUGCGUUUUCAUUUCGAUCCUGCCAAAAUUGCAUUUAUUGUGACCUUAGGGACGCCGCAUAAAAAUCCACCAAUGGUUUUUGAUUGGUAUAUGAAGAAUGCUUAUAAUAAAAUGCAUGAUAUUUGGGAAGAGCGAAAGGAACUAGCUAAUCUUUUAGUAUUAUCAUUAUCAGGAGGUUUAAAAGAUCAUCUGGUACCAGAACAUCUUACUCUAGACAUUGGAAUCCGUCAUGUUUCAACUACAGCUGUUGAUGGCAUGGAACUGGAGACUGAUCAUUUGUGUAUCGUUUGGUGUAAUCAAUUAGUUAGAUAUAUCUCACGUCUUUUGAUUGAAUAUACUCGCAAUCCAGACUUUUUUAAUCGUCACGUUGAUAGUAUCGUUGGACAAAUUUUCAAUGCAGAUGGUACAUUCAGGCAGCUAAUCCAAGUAUCAGGUGGUGGAUAUAUGCUGACUUUGGCUGUUAAUGAAUCAGUUUUCAUAAAAAAUGAUGAAAUACAUCCUAAAAAAAUUAUUUUAUUAACUCCAAAAAAUAUUUGGUUGUUUAUUACCCGAAGUCGUGAUACGUCGAUAUGGACGUCAUCAGGAAAACCAAUUUAUUCGCUAUCAAGUUUGAAGCGGGAUUUUUAUACACUUGUACAUUCAAAUGUUUCUAUGCAGUUCUUAUUACAUCUCGAGCCGCUAAAUUUUUUCAAGGCCACUGUAUUAGAGGAAGAUCCAAGAGAGUUAAGUUCUAUAAGAACCAAAGUUUCAGUGAAUUUUUUCAUCUUACCUGAAAGCGGUGAACUUGCACUGUUAUUGCCUCUUCGUUUCGAGACUCCAGUCAUUGCCAUUAUUUUGUCGCUUGAAGUGAAAUCUUGCAAUGACACAAGUAAUUGGUUCGGAAAAGUUGAAUUUCGUAGUAAGGAUAUGCGGCGUUUGAGUAGCCUUCGAGAUGGAAACGAACUUCAUAUGAUUGGACAUUUGCUUUAUAAAGAAGAUACAGAGGCAAAUGCAUUUUUUAUAUUGAAUCAACAUUGUCAUUAUCUUGCUCAUCUCGAUAUCAGUUAUUUAGAUACAUUCAUCGUAGUAAGUAAUCUUUUGAACUUGUUAUCAGCUCUUUUUCAAUUUAAAAGGAUGGCAGAUACUUCGAAUGUAUGGAUCUAUUCUCCCAUUUAUGGUAGCCAUAUAUUUUCUUGCUUCUUUUUCAAUUUCCACUAUAAUUGGAUUGACUGGUUCACUUUACUGAUCUCAUCUUUCAUUAUCGCAAGUUUGAGUCAUGUUCUUCAAAAAUUAGGAGAUAUAUUUCUUCGAGUUGCAAAAAAUCACUUUUCAAAACGGGAUACAGUAUUUAAGUGCUUUGACUUCCAUGAAGCCAUGGUUGCGAUGGUUUCGUUGUUUGUUAAUUAUUUUUACAAUGGUUUUUUUUCUAUGCUGAUAAUAAUAUUCUCCAGUUUAUUGCAUUUGGUGAACUCAGGAAAGAAUCUAAAAACUGAUGGUUUUUCGUAUUUUUUGUCGCAUAUCCAUUUAGUUGUUUUGCAUUUCUACGUUAUUUUGGUUUAUACACCUUUUGGCAUUUGUUCAAUCUGGAAUAUAAUAAAUUAUGGUUUAUUUUCUGUACGUGAAGACCCAGUUCGUAUCCCUACAUACUGCUUACUCUUCCUGAAAUUCAUGCGCUUAUGGAUAAACAAACUUCCUUACUUAAAAAUGCACCACAUAUUGGUUAUUGUUUUGGUUUACAAUGCUUUCAUUCAACAACAUACGUGUAUUACACAGUUAGGGUACUCAUUUAUUGCUAUUAUCGGACUUCAUUGGUUCAUCGGUCUAGACGACGAAUUGAAGAAGCAAAUCGACUAA